UUUAGGUUAUGUUAAAAUAAAAUUGAGUGCCCACGUGAGUUACAGAAUUCCAAAGUUUUGAAGUAAUUUGUCGCUUGAUUUGCGUGAAUGAUCUUCUCUUUCCCUCCUUUUUCUGCUCUUAAGCAUUAAUUAAUUCAUGUCUUACUUUUAGCCCUAAUUUUUCAAGUUAUUGGGAUCAUCUCCGAAUCUGAUAUUUCCAAUCGUUUUACGAAUAGGUAACGAAUCCUAAAACAUGGGGAUGAAAAGACAGAAGAAACAAAAGAAAAAGGCCCAAUCUGAAAUUAUUUCCGUCAAAGCUCCUCCUCCUGCAGCAGAAAAGAAGGAAAGUGACGAAGAAAGUUCAGACAAUGAUCAGGAUUUAUUGGACGAAGUUGAUGAAGAAGAUUUGAAGUUUUUGGAAGAUGCUGCCAGGAAACGCAGUUAUAGUAUCCUACCAAAAUUGAAAAAAAGACCCAGAUUUGAUGAAGAGAAUAUAGAAGAAAAAUACCUGGAAGAAGAGGCUAAUGAACAAAAUGAAGAAUCCGAAAAAAGGUAUCUGUUACCAAUUAAAACCAAGAAAGGAGUCAUAAACAGAGUCACAGUAAAGACUGUUGAUGAAGAAGAACGUCAGUUGGAAGAAGAAAGAAAAUUGGAGAGGCGGCAAGAGCAGAAACGAUUAAAGAAGGAAGCAGGAAAACAAAAAUCAGAAGUAGAAAAGGCAGACGCAGAUGAAGACGAAGAUUUGGAGUUUGAAGAUGAAGAGGAAGGAGACAAAACGGAGCAAUUUGUUAUUGACCCUAAUGAACCCAUCAGCACAGCACAGCUGAUCGCUGCUCGCGAAAAGCAGCUAGCACGCUUCAAAUUAAAAAUAGGUCUUCUGGCUAGCCGUACGUUAGAAAAUCCAGAAAAAAAUGUGAAAAACUUACAAGAGUUACUCCAAAUAUUGGACAGCUGUCCGAUAGAUAUUAAACUUACUGUCAGCAGAUGCGUCAUCGUUACAAUGACGGAAAUUUUCAAUGAUCUUUUGCCUGCAUAUGAAAUUAAAUUCCAUGAAGAGGAAACAGAUAAAAAACUGAAAAAAAUCACAAAAGAGAGGCUGGAUUUUGAGCAUAACCUUUUGAAUGGUUACAAAAAUCUGCUCGUCAAAUUAGAACAGUUUGUCUCAGCUCUGAAUAGAAAGAGUAGCAAUAAUCUGGAGUUGAAAUUAAGCAAACUGUCAAUAAAAUGUCUCAGUGAUUUGUUAGUAGCUCAUCCAUAUUUUAAUUAUGCAAAGAACAUUGCUCAGCUUCUAGUUGUCUAUUUAAAUUACAAAGAUUCUGGUAUUCGAACCAUUGUAGCAAAGGGUAUUAAGCAGAUUUUCCGACAGGACAAAAAAGGUCUAAUAUCCUUGAUAAUCACUCGCUUGAUCAACCGACUAAUCAAAAAUCGUAAUCAGGAACUUUAUGAGGAUGCAGUUCUGGUCCUUUUACACCUGAGGAUUACAAAGGUGAAUUUAAGUGCUGAAGACGAACAGCGAGACGAUAGGCGGAGAUUCAUAAAGCGGCAGAAAGUUCUUAUUCGACUCUCUAAAAAGCAACAGAAACAUAAGAAAAAGUUGGAAAAACUUGAAAAAGAGCUCCUAGAAACCAAGGGCGAAGAAGACAGGAAAAAGAAACAAGACUGGCAACUGGAGACAACUCAUUUAGUUUUCACAAUCUUGUUUAGGAUUUUAAAGAAAGUUCCCAAUAAGGACCUGUUAAGCGCCGCUUUGCAAGGAUUAGCUAAGUUUGCUCAUUGUAUAAAUUUGGAAUACUAUCAAGACAUAAUGAAGGUGCUCAAUGAUUUAAUUGAAGAAGAAGAUGAGGGUUUGCAGAACCGCGAACAGCUCCUGUGCGUUCUGACCGUCUUCAAAAUCCUCUCAGGCCAAGGCGAAGCUCUAGAUAUCCAACCACUGAAAUUUUUCUCUCAUCUUUAUGCCAGUAUCCUAGAAAUUCAUGCUGGUGAGAACAUUGAAACUCUGAAUCUAGUGAUGCAAUGUUUAGAGGAAUUACUUUCAACGUUCAGAAGGAAAUUGACAAAGGAGAAACUUAUUGCAUUCACCAAACGAAUUACCACCUUUAGUUUGCAGACAUUGCACAAUGGAACUUUAAGCUGUAUGGCGUUGCUGUUUUCAAUGAUGAAGUGGAACAAAAAUAUGGAAUUGUUGCUUGAUGUCGAAACAACUUUUGGUCAAGGUGUCUAUCAUCCAGAACUGAAGGAACCAGACUUUUGCAAUGCCAGCAGUACCGCCAUGUGGGAAUUGACUGCUCUAAUGCGUCAUUAUCACCCUUCUGUUCAAGAAUUUGCACCGCAUAUCUGUUCAGGAGCUUUAGAUAGGAACAGCACUAUUCCAGAGGAGCUAAGAAAGACGAGUGUUGAGCUUUUGAACGAAUAUGAUCCUCACACAGUUGCAUUCAAACCUUCUGUGCCUCCACCGGAAAUUCCCACAAAUGAUAAGCGUCUUACAUUGCAUUUCUUUGAGGUCAAAGAUAAAGAUCUCAAAGUUCAAAUUGAUGAUGCAUUCGACAAGGUGAAAAAUGUUGAUUUCUCCAGUUUGAUGAUCAAAGGACUGUAAAAAUACUUAUUUGCUGUUAUUCCUGUACAGCUUGUUUUAUUUAAGAUUUUUCAAUGUAAAAGAAAUGUCUUUAUUUUAUUUUUUGAGUAUUCUCCUUGUCAGGAGAGCCAGGUAUGCAUUUUUUGUGUGUAAAUAAUUUGUGAAAUGAUAACAUUAAAAACAAAAAUAAAGGAACCAACGUUUAUUUUAGAAACAAAUUUUCAAAGUAUAAAUCCAAAUCAAAGUAUAUGUAUUAAUAUACAUGUGAUUGUUGACUAUGGUUCUUGUACAAAUAUUUCUGUUCAUUUGUAUUGUUUCAUCCUCUGUCUUUUAAAUCAUGUGUUAUUUAAUUCUAAGAUAAAAAAGCAAUAAAAUUGGUUUUGCCAUGAUUCCAUGAGCA